UCCGUGAUUAGAACCAUGCUUGGUUUAAAUUGUUAGUAUAGGUUGGUGUAGAAAGUAUGCGUAUUAUUGUGUGAGUGUUUCCGUUUGAAUUUUCUUCUGUUAGACGAGUUAUUGCGUAUAUUCGUUACAGAUGGCUGGUAUUUCUGUUGCAAAAUCAUGGCAAGUUAUCAGACCACAUGUACCAAUGAUAAAAUUCAGAAAAGGAGGUGCCUCAGUCACAGACACACAAGUCUCUGGAACAUCAGCAUCUCAGCAUGCUGCAGGUUCAGCUGGAGCAGGCAAGAAACCCCAAGUUACUUUAAGACCUGUAAUUGAAGACUACCAGCUUCCACUACGGUAUCGCAGGCAGCCAAUUGAUGAAAAAGAAAUUGCCUAUAUCAAUAGAGGUGGACCAGAGUGAAUCAGGAAGCUGCAUGAGAAGACUGUAAAACAGCACCUACCAGUUGUGAUUAGUUUUGCAACACCAGAUUUUAGUGCAUUAAUUACAUAUAUUAGUUUAUUGUGAGGAAUGUAGAAAGUAUUUGUACAUUGCAGAGUCUGAAACAGUGAUUGUUGAUUUUGUAUUAUACAUAAAUAAAUUAUUUUUGGGUUAUACAAAAUAUUGCACUAUUCAGUAUGUACUUAUAGUUAAUAUUGUACUGAAAUUGUCACUAUCCCAAAUUUACCUGUGUAAUGCAAGAAUGUGAAACAUAUAUCUGGAACCAACUGAAUAAAGGUGGAACCUGAG